AAGGUCUUAUUUUGAAGGGCUGUCGGAACCCGCGGUCAUGGCUCCCGGCCAUUGACGGCUUGGGAGUUCGUGACCGUCACGCUCGCCUCUAUUCCCACGCGCAGCCUCCAGUCCCAGCAUGGCAUCCGAAGAACUAGCUAAGAAGCUGCAGUCGCGGUUCGCUGCUGUGGAAGACACCGAGAACAGGCUGGAGCCCGAGCUCAGUCCGGCCCGGUCCGCGCCGCGGGAGCCCAUCGGUGGAGAAGACUGCUCCGAGCUGUCCGCCAUGCUGCACCGCAGGCUGGACAUCAACGACGGGGCCGCGGCUCCGUGCGCGACGCGCGUCUUCAAUCCCUACACGGAGUUCAAGGAGUUCUCCCGGCGACAGAUCAAGGACAUGGAGGCCAUGUUCCGACGGUAUGACAUGGGGAAGGACGGCUUCAUCGACCUAAUGGAGCUGAAGCUGAUGAUGGAGAAGCUGGGGGCCCCACAGACCCACCUGGGCCUGAAGAACAUGAUCAGAGAGGUUGAUGAAGACUUUGAUGGCAAGCUGAGCUUCAGAGAGUUCCUGCUGAUCUUCCGCCGGGCAGCAGCUGGAGAGCUCCAGGAGGAGAGCGGGCUGAUGGCGCUCGCCAGACUGUCUGAGAUCAAUGUAUCCACAGAGGGAGUGAUGGGGGCUAAGGACUUCUUUGAGGCAAAGGCGCAGGCUCUGUCUCAGGGCAGCAAGUUCGAGGCUGAAAUUCGCGAGGAGAAAGAGGAGCAAAAACGGCAGCAGGUGGAGAAAAAGCAGCGACAAGCUGCCUUCAAGCAGCUGCAGUCUGCCUUCUGCUCAUGACUGUCAGAAGACGGCCACUCUGAACACCGCCUACCAGUGUCAGAUGUAGCAUCGCCCCAUGCACAGCCUCUCCCCAACGUGGACCAGGAAUAGCCGCUCCUCACUGAAGAACCCCCCACCCUGUCCUGCAGAAAACGGGCAGCUAAACCUCUGCUUCACUUCAGAACAGCUCUGGGAUUAUUUUCUGUUUCAUUUCAUGAUCUACUGCCUGUGAAGCAUUUUAACGGUAGCCGUGGUUUGUGUCACCGCAUGUCGUUUUAACUUGUUGCCAGUUGUAUUUAACUGCUAGCCUGCUUCUUCGUGGAUCUUGUAGAAAUAUCUAAGCUAAAUCCUGACAGAAUCUGAAGAAAAAAUGUAGGCAGUCCUCUCAGAAUCCUCUGGUGCUCCUGCAUUAGGAGGUCAUAUUGACUGAAAUCUAAAGUGAUUCAAUCAAAAACAUCCUCAGAGGUCAAGUUCCAUUUGAACAUAUGACUCUUAUUUUGUAGCAGCUUCACAAUUCUUGAAUCAUUUGAAUUUUUUGGAGAGUUUCUCCCUGAAUCUCUUUACAGGAUGUCAGAAUAUUCUGAGCUGCUGUUUGGAUGAGAACUGCCUCCACAGAGAUUUGCUUAUGGAUGUAUUUGUCUGACAGAAACCUUCCUCAUUCUGACUUUAUCUGCACCAACUUACUAGUUGGUGUGUUCUCGAAAUCAGCCCCAAAUCUCUUCAUAGUAUGAUGAUCACAUUUAAAUCACACUUGAAUUUAAAAUUUCCUCUGAGGGGGCAUGGCUUUUGGAGCUGAGUGGAGCUGGUCCAUUCCGGGCACACACACUCACCCCUCCCUGUCUGAUUAUGGUAGCUCUGUGUCUCGCUAGCAUAAAUCAUCACUGCUGCUAAAGCAGUUUCGUUUUGAUCUGGAUGUUCGGACAAGGAAGUAAAGAGCUUCAUUGAUCGAACUUUAACUGAUUUCCAAUCCUUUCCAACUGCGGUCAAAUGAGCCGCCGUUCACAUUUCCGUGGUCACAUCAAGAAGCUCCGUGGAGUCUGGUGGAGAUUUUCCAGCGUUCUCAGUCCUGCUACUGUAAGUAUUGGAUGAA